CGCCUCGCUUCGGCGGCCGGCAGUGCCGCCGUCGCCCUCCCCCGCCGCCGCGCGGCUUUGGAGCACCCCCUACCAAAACACGAGACCGUUCCGCCUGGCACCACCUCGCCGCCCACCACCGCCCCGCACGAGCGCCCAUUCCCCAACCCUCGUCGGGGCCGCCGGUCGACAGACCAACCACGGCUAGGAGUCUCUGGGAAAGCCAAGGCGAUCAACUUGGAAGAAGCACUUUGGUUGGUGCCAGUUCACUGUCCUCGUGGUCGAUGGCCAACUCUCCGUCUUCAUGGUUCAGCGGCACCUGCAACUGAUGCCGUCGGCCGUGUAUAUCCUAACAUCCACCUCAAUGGUACACUCCAUGCCUUCUACCCUGCAACUUUCCAAAACCUCAUCAACCUAAACAAAAACAAUCUUGUUGUAUCGUCCCUGAAAACUUAUUUGCAUAAUCUGAUGAUUUAGUACUUAAGCUCACAUCCACAGGGGCAAACUAAGAUGAAGGGUUGUACUCGUUUUUCUUUCUUUGUGACAUUUUGGAGGCACCGUGAGCUGACAUACACAUAGUCAGUCAUCGGUUAUGACCUUACUGGAGACUACUAGUCACUUCCCUGUGAGGCUGGGAAUCAGGAUGCCCAAGAGUGUGGCCUGAAAGCACUGACUCUAGAUUUGUUAUUUCCCUCCCACGACCCCAACUCUGAAGUCUUUGCACCCAUAUACCUGUUCAGCGAUAGCAUCACAAUGUAUUUGUACUUUUGUGCAAUUGUGCAUUCGUUCUGUGUGUACUCUAUCUAUUUCCAAAUGCAAUGCAUAGAGCACCCUGCAGCUUGCCAUUUUCUUACCAACACUAUAACCUGCUGCAAUGGCACUGCAGAAACUCUUCCACAUCUCAGUUUUCCUGCUAGUAUGCGCAGCCAAGGCAAUCAACCCUGAAGCUGAAGCACUACUCCGAUGGAAGUCCACUUUGAUUGGUGCCAACCCGUUGCCCUCGUGGUCAAUUGCCAACUCUACGUGCUCUUGGUCUGGCGUCACCUGUGACGCUGCCGGACAUGUUACCAAGCUCCACCUUUCCGGCUUUGGGCUCCAUGGUACGCUACACGCCUUCUACUCUGCUGCGUACCAGAAUCUCAUCAAGAUCAAACUCAACAGCAAUAAUCUUGUUGGCACCAUCCCAGCAAACAUAUCCCUUUUGCCCACGCUCACCAUUUUGGACUUGAGCAACAACAAUCUUGUCGGUGCCAUCCCCUACCAACUCAGCAAGCUACCAAUAAUUGCCGAGGUUAAUCUGGGAAAUAACCAAUUGACUAACCUAGAAUAUGACAAGUUCUCGCCUAUGUUCAGCCUGAAGCUAUUAUCUCUAGCUAACAAUGAUCUCAGUGGAACCUUCCCACAAUUUAUCCUCAACUACACCAAUGUGAGGAUGCAAUUCCUUGAUUUGUCAGGUAAUGACUUCUCAGGGCUGUUACCAGAUUCACUGCCGGAAAUGGUCCCAAGGUUGAGGUAUCUAGAUCUGUCAGCUAAUGGAUUCUCUAGCUUGAUACCUCGCUCACUCUCGAGGCUCCAGAAGCUUGAGAUACUGCUUCUCAACGAAAAUAAUCUUACAGGAGGGAUCCCAGAGGAGCUUGGGAUGGUACCUGGAUUGCGAGUUCUUUCACUAAGCAACAAUUCACUUGGUGGGUUGAUCCCAGGCUCUCUUGGGCAGCUUCAGUUACUAGAGCAACUCAAUAUCAGAAAUGCUGGUUUGGUUUCUACUCUUCGACCCGAGCUGGGGAACCUUACUAAUCUCGAGCACUUGGACCUGGCACAUAACCAACUAUUUGGAAGUUUGCCACCAUCUUUGGCCAGGAUGCAAGCAAUGUCCUGGUUCAUUGUACAUGACAACUAUAUCGAUGGUACCAUCCCGGCAGAGCUGUUUUCAAACUUGACCAACCUCGCGGUAUUCGAUGUAGCCAAAAACUUGUUAGCUGGAAGCAUCCCAUCGCAGAUUGGUAACUGUAAAGAGAUAAUCACUCUCCUCCUUUCAAACAACAACUUUACUGGUUCCAUCCCAGUAGAGAUGGGCAGCUUGCCGAACUUGCAGUUUUUGGUCAUGUCAAAGAAUCACUUUACUGGAGUGAUACCAUCUCAUAUCGGCAAUGCAACAUCUUUGAAAUUCCUUGCCAUCAGAUCCAACCACCUUGACGGAGAGCUUCCUGCAACCAUGUCCGCGCUGAUAAAUCUUGUUGCUCUCAUCUUGUCUGGCAACAAGUUUACGGGUAUCAUACCUAAUAUUGACAACAGGCAGUUGCCGUCUGUCAAGGCGGCCAAAAAUAAAAACAACAGCAGCUUCAUGGGAGAAUUGCCAUCUGCCUUUUGUCAGUUAACACUUUUGCAACUCUUGGAUCUAUCAAACAAUCAGUUGUCUGGUGAGUUUCCUGGUUGCUUUUGGUACUUGAAAGAUUUGCAAUCCUUAGAUUUAUCGAGCAAUGCUUUUGCUGGUGAAAUUCCUACCUCAAGUUGUAAUUCUUCACUAAGGUCCCUGCACCUAUCAGACAACAACUUUACAGGUUGUUUUCCAGCUGUGUUGAAGAACUUCAGAAGCCUUGUUAUUUUGGAUCUCGGGAGCAAUAAUAUCUCUGGUGUAAUUCCUGCAUGGAUUGGGCAAAGCAAUCCUUUGUUGAGGAUUCUUGGACUCCGAUCAAACAUGUUCUAUGGAAGUAUUCCCUGGCAGCUAUCACAACUCUCCCAUCUCCAACUGCUUGAUCUAGCUGAGAAUAAUUUUAUAGGUUCCAUACCAGAAAGUUUCCUCAACUUAUCCUUCAUGAGGCAGGCACCCACGGUGCAGCCAGGUAUAAAAAUCAUCCUACAAUAUGCCACCUUUGGAUAUAUAUACAGUGGCACUAUGGUCGUAAUUUGGAAAGGACAGGAUUACAUUUUCCGGGGAAGAGAUGCAUUUGUGACAGGUAUUGAUCUCUCUGCCAAUUCUCUUUUUGGUGUUCUACCUCUGGAGUUGACAAAUCUUAGAGGCAUCCAGUUACUAAAUAUGUCAAGAAAUUGUCUAUCUGGUAGUAUUCCGAAGGAUAUCGGCAGCCUAAAGUUUUUAGAAUCUCUUGACCUCUCUUGGAACAAGAUAUCAGGUCCUAUUCCUUCUAGCAUAUCAAACCUGAUAUUCCUCAGUUCCCUUAAUCUCUCGAACAAUCUUCUAUCGGGACGGAUACCUACAGGGAAUCAACUCCAAACAUUGGAUGACCCGUCAAUUUAUAGCAAUAACCUGGGACUUUGUGGCUCUCUAUUGAACAUUUCAUGUAAACAUGGUUCAAGUCCAACGACCACAUCGGAUGUGGGAAAGGAAUAUCAUGAUGAACUUGAAACCAUGUGGAUGUACUACUCAGUGAUUGCUGGAACAAUAUUUGGUUUCUGGAUAUGGUUUGGCACAUUGUUUUUCUGGAAGCCCUGGAGAUGUGCUUUCUUGAGUUGCAUAGAUGCCAUGCAACAGAAAGUUAUGAGGAAGAUGAAGCAUAUCCGAGGUAUAGAAAGUUGUCCAAGUAUUGAAUGAUACCACAUCAAAUGAAGAUGAAGCAAGAUGUAAGCGUCGUGAUAAUUAUACCUGUUUCUGUUCCCAGUACGCUCAAGAAUUACCAAUGUUCCAGUGGACAUAUUUUGCUCAAGGUUCUAGACAAGUUUGUUGUGUAGCUUUAGUCAGGGUAAUGGUUUGUGUCUCGCUCAUGCUUUUGUAAGUGUAUGUUGUAA